UUGUUUAUAAAAUCAUAUAAACAAAGACUGGUAAACCUGAAUUUAAUUCAGCAUUUUAUUCAAAUUUAAAAUGGCGGCACUUGUUCCCUCUAAAUAUUGAAGCUACAUCCGUUUACUUAUUUCUAAAUAUAAUUGCUCUAAAUAAUUUCGUGUUCAAGUAAUCUUAUUGUUCAUUUAAGUUGUGAAUUUUAGCUUUAAACUUGGUAAGAAAGGAUUCGUCAGUGAUUGUAAAAUUCGCUAAGCUACUGUUUUUCUGCUCAUGGAAUGGCAGAUAAAAAGAAGGAAGGUGAACCUGAAGGUGAGGAGGAAUUCUCUGUUGAGAAAGUGUUAGACCGCCGUGUCCGAAAUGGCAAGGUGGAAUAUUAUUUAAAAUGGAAGGGCUAUAGUGAUGAAGAUAACACUUGGGAGCCAGAAGAGAAUCUGGAUUGUCCAGAUCUUAUUCAGACAUUUGAAGAAGCCAGAAAAAAGAAAGAAGCUGUACUCGCUGGUGGGGUACCAGUAAAUGAUGAAAAUAUACGUAUGAAACCAGAGGGGAAAGUAACCAAAAUUGAGAAAGACCCUAAGAAGCGCAAGUCUUCAGCUGCCACACCUGAUCUCAAAGGUGCUAAGAAGAGCAAGAGUGAUGACAAGAAAGCAUCAGGAUUUGAUCGUGGAUUAGAGCCUGAAAAAAUUAUUGGUGCAACUGACAGCAGUGGGGAGUUGAUGUUCCUUAUGAAGUGGCAGGGUACUGAUGAAGCAGAUCUGGUACCAGCGAAACAGGCCAAUGUUCGCUGUCCACAGGUUGUAAUACAGUUUUAUGAGGAGCGACUUACAUGGCACACACCAGCACCUGAUGAGACUGCUAAUGAAGAUUAGGCAUUCACUUGGUCCACUAAAAUACUACAUAGUCGCGGAAUCGACACUUAAAAAAAUGAUAAUAUUGUUACUAGAGUAACUAAAAGGAUAUUUUUUUAGUUUUAUCUAUUUGACGUUAUACGUCUAUUAGGACGGGGCUCCGCCAGAACCGGCGUUUAUUUGAGACGUCGGUUUUAGCUUUGUCUUCGAUGUACAGGUAUCUUUAUCAAUUUAAACAUUGUAAGUAGGGGACAGUGCAUACAUAAACUAGUUAAUUAACGUGCCGCUUAGGUAUGAUAAAGUUAAUUUGUGUUAAAAAUAAAUAUAUUCCUGAUUUAAGCCUUAUUUCCAAUAUAAAUUGUCUAAAUGGCAAAAUAUAGCAAAAUAAAAACUACACACAAAUUAAUGCAGAUUUUAUGAAGAAAUUCCCACACCAUUGGAGUGGUCUCCAAUGAUUGGCUAAUUUUGUUUUAUUUGGUCGCUUCAGACAUUUCAAUACAAAUAUUGUCUUGCUUAAGUGCUGGCCUUUAUCAGU